AUGCAAUUCUCCGUCGUCGCUACAAUCGUUUCCAUCGCUGCCCUCGUUGCUGCUGAUAACAUCACCUAUGUUGACGUUACGACUACCCCACAAGCAACGGAAUCCGUUGUGUCUACUGUCCACUCCACUUCUACCCCAUACACCUUCACCACCAUUGCAACUUCAAACUCGACCUCAUCCGGGAACGCAAGCUCUUCAUCUACUUCUCCCACUUUGAGCGUCUACGAGGGCUCUGCCAAGGGCAUCAGUGCUGGCAUCGGUGCCCUAGUUGGUGCUGUGGCCGUUGCUUUAUUGUGA